AUGCUUCUGCUUGUGGUGUUGCCAUUAAUUUUCAUUGAAAAUGUUGAUUUAAAGUUUAUGAGAUCCGAUGACAUUCUGAGAAAUUUGAUUACUUAUGACAGUGUUCAAGUGAAAAGGAAUCACGAGAAGCUUCUAGGGAAUGCUUUCGAAACUCAAUAUUAUUCGCCCUUCAAAGCAAUCGCGAAUUCAUCGAAUGACACUGAAAGUCAUCAAAUGAAAUUGAGAAAAAAACCAUCAAUUAGAUUUAAACGUAAAACUGAUUCAACUUUUCGUGGUCGACCAAAGACAAUUCAAGAAGUUUGGUCUCGAAACUUUAAUAUUUCUACGCAACAGUUUAGCCAAUCAACAAGUCUUGUGACAUUGAUGAAUAAAAUCAUUUUAAAAUAUAUGUCCGCAUGCAUUCCAGUUAUUCUUUAUGAUGAAUAUGUUGAGAAGUCUGAAGGUUUCAUCUUGCUACGUUUGUUUCAAAAUUUUCCUACAUCUUUUAUUCACGGUAAAAUUGGGAAAAACUUUACGAUUGAAAAUGAUAUUUUGCUCGAUCCACCUCAUAUAAGAUGCCGAUCUUACAUCUUGUUUGUUUCUGAUGCACUCAAAAGCAGACAAGUCGUUGGGCCACAAAUUGAAAGCAAAGUUAUUAUCGUCCCAAGAUCAACGCAAUGGAAGCUUCAAGAGUUUCUUUCAUCACCACUCUCAAGGGAUAUUAUAAAUCUUUUAAUUAUUGGUGAAAGUUACUCAACUGAUCUAACAAAAGAACGCCCUUAUGUGCUUUACACUCAUCAAUUGUAUGUUGAUGGUUUGGGAAGUAACAAACCAAAAGUUUUAACAUCUUGGCUAAAGGGAAAAUUAUCUCGACCUCACAUUGAUUUAUUUCCCGUCAAGUUACGUAAAGGAUUUGCUGGUCAUCGUUAUUCUGUUGCAGCUGUAAAUUUUCCACCAUUUGUUUUUAAGAAGCUUUCAACUGAUGGCGUUGGAAAUCUUCACAUUGAAUGGUCUCUGAACCAAGAGAACUUGAAAUGCUUGGAAAUUAUUCGAAGACCUGGUGAUGCUGUUGGAUUAUCAAUUUCCAAGAGACAACACGAAAUAGGAAUGUCAGGAAUGUAUGUGACAACGGAGAGAAAUUCGGGAACAGAAAUGUCAGUUUCACAUAGCACUGAUUGUGCUGCAUUCAUUACAUUAACAUCAAAAGCUCUACCAAGAUAUCGUGCAAUUCUUGGACCUUUUCAAUGGCAAGUUUGGGUUUGCUUGACUUUUACUUAUCUCAUCGCUAUCAUUCCACUGGCAUAUUCUGAUUCUUUAUCAAUCAAAUAUCUCAUUGAAAAACCUGGACAAAUUGAAAACAUGUUUUGGUACGUUUUUGGAACAUUCACAAAUUCACUGACAUUCAGUGGGGAAUUGAGUUGGUCGAAUUCUAAGAAAACCUCAACAAGACUUCUCAUAGGUUUCUAUUGGGUGUUUACAAUCAUCAUCACGGCUUGCUACACGGGAUCGAUAAUUGCUUUUGUAACGCUUCCAGUCUUUCCAGAGACUGUUGAUACAAUCAGACAACUAAGAAAUGGAUUUUAUCGUGUUGGAACUUUAGAUCGUGGUGGAUGGGAGCGUUGGUUUGUUAAUUCUUCUCAUCCAGAUACUGUCAAAGUUUUGCAGAAUCUUGAAUUGGUUAAGAAUCUUCAAGAAGGCUUGGGAAAUGUCACUAAACCAUAUUUCUUGUUUCCUUAUGCAUUUAUUGGAAGCAAAGCACAAUUGAAUUUCAUCGUUCAGACAAAUUACAGCGAUGACAAGCUUGGCCGACAUUCAACUCUUCACAUUAGCGAUCAAUGUUUUGCACUCUUUGGAGUUUCAUUUGUGUUUCAACGCGAAUCUGUUCUUCGUGACAAGAUUAAUCACGGAAUUUUAAUUCUUCAACAGAGUGGAAUCAUUAAUAAGAUUAAAAAUGAUGUAAGAUGGGAUAUGGUGAGAUCGAGUACAGGAAAAUUACUUCAGAUAAGUGAGGGAAAAACUCUGAGAAUUGCAAAUCAAGAAGAAAGAGGUCUAACGUUAGCAGACACUGAAGGAAUGUUUCUUCUUCUUGGCAUAGGAUUUCUCAUUGCUGGAGCUGCUUUAAUAUCAGAAUGGGUCGGAGGAUGUACAAAUAAAUGCAUGCAAUUUAUGAGAGUUAAACGGGAACAAGAAGAAGAAACACAUCGAAUCGAAGAAGAAAAGGAAAAUGCGCGAGUUGAAGCUGAAACUGCGAGACUUGCUUUGAAAUCAGCAUCAUCAGUGAUUGGAAUAACUUUCAGUGUGAAAACAGAAGAUGAGAAAACGGUGCAAGAUGGAAAUGAACCUCAAGAAUUAAAACCAACUUCUGAAGUUUUAUCGGGUUCAUCGAGAAAUUCUCGUCACAGUCGAUCGGAUUCAAUUACUUAUCCGGAUUUAAAUGCUGCAAUGUUAUCUGAAAUGUAUCACGGACCUAAAACACGAGCAUCGAACAUCAUCAUGAUGGAUGGAAAAAUGAUGAGCGAAAGUGAUGCAAAUGAGCAUGCAAAUCAAAUGAAAAAAGACGACGAAAUGAAACAACGAUUGAGUGAUGGAGGUUCAGGUGAAGUUCUUCGAGACUUCGACUUUUUAAACAAUGGAAAAGAUGAGGAUGCUGAUGAAGAUAAAGACAACAAUGUCUCUCAUCACGUUUGUGAAGUUGAAAUUAAUUUACAAGCGCCAACUGAUACUGAAUUCGAUAAUUAA